AUGGGCUCUCAAACCCACCAGGCGUCAUCCCUUGUUUGGUCCCCAGACCACAUACAAGUCUGGCCGCCAACCAUCCAAGAAGCGCAUAUACCUAUGCUGCACGCGUACUGCAGAUAAGAAAGUAAUAUCACCGCUCUCCUACUUGAUCCACUUGCCAAAGUCGGACAAGUUUCUUUUGCGGUUGCCCAUCAUGGAACCGCAAUCCGCCGCACAGCAGGACCAAGAGGUCUUCUCUCAAUUCCACACGUAUCCGUGGCGGACCGACCUGGCCUUCCUUAAGGGUCUGAUCGCUCUCCUUGGAGGCGUCGAGAAGCUCCACCCGGACCCUACCCACGGCGACCUUGCCCUUCACGCCCGCAUCUUCUACUACCGCAAGGUGCGGCAGGUCCAGGUCGACUUUUCUGCCUACAAGCUGUGGGUUGAUGGGGCCGGCGGCAACUCCGCGCAGAUGCCGGACCAGGACCUGCUCACGGCGCUGUACUGGGCCCACGGCCGGGUCGCUGCCGUCCAGGGCCCGCCGCCACCGAACCCAGUUCACGCCGUAGCCACAUUCGCACAGAAAUACGCCUCGCGUCCGCCCGAGGCCGGCGUCGCAUCCCAGGAUCCCCAGCCCGGCCCCGCCUGGCAGCAGUCUGCGCCCAAGCUGGAUCUGCGUGUUGACCGGAAUGCCGCCGGUGGGGGCGACUCGGGCGACGCCGCGCCUUACCCGAACCACUUCGCAGAGCUGAUCGCAGCCGUCCGGGCCAACAAGCCUGUGCCGGGCGUGCGGGAGAUACCGGAUACCGUCGUGCGAGAUGCUGGGGUUAAGCCGGUGGGCAAGAUGACCGCCCCAAAGAAGCCAUGGGAGGUUAAUAUCGUCGACUCUAGUCAGCUAGGGCAGGCUAUUUUGAAGGAUUCCGAGGUUCAGCAGGAAUUCCCUCCACUUAAACAAGGCGAAGAACCGGAGAGCAGUGCCUUGGGUCAGUGAACAGGCCAUGCGGCGCUCAUGAAGCCUGCUGAUCUCGAAUCUGCUCCGAUAGCCACGCGGCUGUACGCUAGCCAAGCCCAGUCGGCGCACAAACGCCGUCCCCUAUGUGAGCCCUAUUCAUGCAUCGUUGUGGUGACUCUGGAGUGCCACCUGCAGGAUUAUCCCAAGAUGAAUAAUCCGAACACAAGAAAUGUACUAAUAACAAAAAAAUGUAUUCUGUUCACAACACGAAACAUGCUCACCGUUGACAGCUAUGUGCAAGCGUAUAAGAAAGAGGGGGCCCCAGCCGUAUCGCAUGCUUCUAAGCGUGAUACAUCCUGGUAACCAUGGUCGCUCCCACCCGAACCUUUUGCUUUUGGCUCAUAUCCCCUCGCCAUGUGCUCUUCUUUUUCUAUGACCCAUACGCCACCUGGCCAAACGGCUUCUCCUCGGUCAUUCCGGGGGCCAUGAAAUCGGUCUUGGGGUUGCCAGUUGCCUUGGCUGCUGAGCACCGGGCCAUGGUGGGCGAGCUAUUCAUAUUGGUCAGAACUUUGCACACACGAGCUAUAUGCCGAAAGAGGGGUAGGUGGCGGGCCGGACACAACGCAAAAAAAAAAUGACGACUUGGAUACAUACC